AGUUCCAAGACCACCCCCAUUGCGCGGAGUGGACCGGUCCCGGUGUAACACCCGGCGCCCACAGGCGAUGCAGGCCUGUAUCAGUCAGGAGGGAGUGUGCAGAGACAGGAAGCUGCGGCAGGCAGAGGGAUCUCACCUUGCGCCGUGAUCAACAUAGGCACUGGCAGCUCAUCUAUCCAGAACCCAGCUUUUGCUACAGCCAAGACAUAUUUACAUCUUGUGGAGGGGUGGCGUUGAGCCCUUUUCACCACACUGACGCAUACAUCAAGAGGUGGUAAUAAUGGAGGAAAGCCAUGGGUCUCUGAGCGGUGUUAUGUGCUGAGCAAACAGGGAAUGGGACGUUCUCCAUUGAGGGAUGCUUGCUGACCAGGGUGUGAAUCUGUUCUGUGCAAUCUAAGCUCUUAAAGCACAGAGAGAGAGAAGGCACCACCCAUAAAACUCGGGCCGGUUGAUCAGUAGGCUGAGCGACAGUGAGGAUGCAGCGACUGCAGAAACAGUACCAGUUCAGCUGGCGCCCCAAGAUCCCGCAGGCUCUGCUGGACGGUGCCGUCUUCCAUACCUGGGAUGAGGAGUCAUCUUCAGUGGAAUUUAACUGCACCUUCAAGACUGAUGAGUAUGGCUUCUUCCUCUACUGGAAAGCAGAAGGCAAGGAAGGACAAGUCCUGGAGAUUUCUACAGUAAACGAUGUGAGACCUGGCGCUCAAGCAAAGGAUGGGAAGGUUCUCUUGGAUGAUAAGUCGAUUGAGGAACUGGAGUCUGAUGACAAAGGACCAAUCGAUGAUCGGUCCAUCACUGUUGUCAGUGCAGAAGACAUGGUCAACCUAAGUAUCAUGUACAUGGUGGCCGAUGAUGCAAAAACUGCCAUGACAUGGAGGGAAGGGAUACGUGGUCUUCUCCAUAACUACAAGGCAAACAAUGUGUGUCCAAUGACACAGUUUCAAAAACACUGGAUGAGGCUCUCCCUCCAGGUCAGCCCUAGUGGCAAGAUUCCUGUCAGAAGUAUCACAAGAACAUUUGCCUCUGGCAAAACAGAGAAGAUGGUUUUUCAGAGUCUGAAGGACCUUGGACUUCCAAAUGGAAAGAACGACGAGAUUGAGCCGGCAGACUUUACUUUUGAGAAGUUCUUUGAGCUGUAUAAGAAGAUAUGCCCAAGGACAGACAUUGAUGACCUCUUCCAUAAGCUGAAUGGAGGCAAGGAGUACCUAACAGUUGACCAGAUAAUCAAGUUCCUGAAUGAGCAACAAAGAGACCCCCGGCUGAAUGAGAUCCUGUUCCCGUUCUUUGACAGAAAAAGAGUCGUUGCACUCAUACAGAAGUAUGAGGUCGACCCAGAGUUCACAAAAAAAGAGUGGAUGAGUGUGGAGGGGUUUACUCGGUACCUGAUGAGUGAUGAGAAUGCUCCAGUGUUCCUGGACAGACUGGAGGAGUACCAGGACAUGGACCAGCCCCUGUGCCAUUAUUACAUCAACUCCUCCCACAACACGUACCUGACAGGCAGACAGUUUGGCGGGAAGUCAUCCGUGGAGAUUUACAGACAGGUGCUACUGGCAGGGUGCAGAUGUGUAGAGCUGGACUGUUGGGACGGUAAGGGUGAAGACCAGGAACCGAUCAUCACUCAUGGCAAGGCCAUGUGCACAGAUGUCCUCUUCAAGGAUGUGAUCCAUGCCAUUGCAGAGACUGCAUUUGAGGCUUCUGACUACCCAGUGAUUCUGUCCUUUGAGAACCACUGCUGCAAAGCACAGCAGUACAAGCUGGCAAAGUACUGUGAUGAAAUCUUUGGUGACCUUCUGCUCAAGGAACCACUGGAAGACUAUGUGCUGGAAGAAGGGAAGGAUCUCCCUCCUCCCAAUGCACUGAAGAGGAAGAUCCUCAUCAAGAACAAGAGGCUGAAGCCAGAGAUGGAAAAAAAGCAACUGGAGCUGUUUUGGAAGGGGGAGGGUAACUUGGAGGUGGAGGAGGAAGAGCACUCUGAGUCUGGAGAAAACGGAGUCAGUUCUCCAUCAGAGGACGGGAACCCACAAGAGUUCAAGUUUAAUAAGUCCAACAGCAGCAGUGACAUUCAGGAAGAAGGCAAAAAUGGCUCCCUGAAGAACAAAAAGAGUGCGAUGAGCCUAUCUCAGGAGGAGGAACAGGCCAUGGCCAUGGCACAGUACCAGUACCAGGGGGCCACCACCAACGUCCACCCCUGGCUCUCCUCCAUGGUCAACUACGCACAACCUGUCAAGUUCGCCGGCUUUGACGUGGCUGAAGAUCGCAACAUCCACCACAACAUGUCCUCUUUCAACGAAUCUGCUUGCCUUGGGUACCUAAAGACAAGUGCCAUCGAAUUUGUCAACUAUAACAAGCGUCAGAUGAGCAGAAUCUACCCCAAGGGUGCCCGUGUGGACUCCAGCAACUACAUGCCGCAGAUCUUCUGGAACGCAGGCUGCCAGAUGGUGGCUCUCAACUACCAGACUCCAGACUUGUCCAUGCAGCUGAACCAGGGAAAGUUUGAAUACAAUGGCAAGUGUGGGUAUCUGUUGAAACCAGAAUUCAUGAGGAGACCAGACAAGACUUUUGAUCCAUUUGCUGAGUCCCCUGUGGAUGGAGUUAUUGCUGCUACAAUUGAAGUUGAGGUGAUCUCAGGUCAGUUCUUGUCAGACAAGAAAGUCGGCACGUACGUGGAGGUGGAGAUGUACGGCCUACCCACCGACACCAUCCGGAAGGAGUUCAAGACCAAGACCAUUCCAGCCAACGGUCUGAACCCUCAGUACAAUGAGGAGCCCUUUGUCUUCAGGAAGGUGGUGCUACCAGAUCUCGCCACGCUGAGAUUUGCUGUGUACGAUGAGAACAACAAGCUGAUUGGCCAGCGUGUACUUCCACUUGAUGGGCUGCAAGCAGGCUACAGGCACGUCGGGCUGCGGACGGAGUCCAACUUCCCCAUGUCGCUUCCCUGCCUCUUCUGUAACAUCAACCUCAUGACAUAUGUUCCAGAUGGCUUAGGAGAGUUCGUUGAUGCCCUGAACAACCCCAUGCAGUACCUGUCCCAGCUGGAGAAGAGAGCCAUGGCUAUGAAGGCUAUGGGUAUUGAUGAGAAAGACAUAGCUGACGUCCCUGCCAGCUCAGGCAAGAAGGAUAAGAAGGCAGCCAAUGGGAAGUCUCCAGCCACGCCCUCCUCUAGCCUGGGGGUUGAUGGGAAAGAUGGGAAGGCUAAAACACCGACAAAAGAAUCAGCAUGUCCGGCCCCAGUUUCCAUAGAGAGCCUUAAGCAGGAGAAGCAAUACAUAAAAUUAAUCAAGAAGCAAACUAAGGAGAUGAAUGGUCUAAAGAAGAGACAUGACAAGGAAAAGGCAGUGAUGCAGAAGGCCCAGAGCAGUGUGGUGGACAAGAUGGUGGCAGCUCACCAGAAGGAAAAGCAAAGUGUGGAGAAGAAUCUAGAAAAAGCAAAGAAGAAGAAUGGGAACAAUGCUGCUGAGCUUGAGAGCAAACUGAAGUCACUGGUGGAGAAUCAUGAUACAAAGGUAAAGGAGAUAGUGGCUACUCAGACCAAGGAGUUCUCUGAGCUGGUGGCCAAGUGCUCUAAGGAGGAGCAUGAGGUGAAGGAGGGACACUUCAAGCAGCAGUGUGAUGUGCUGAAGCAGCUGAUGAAGGUGGCACACGAGCAGCAGACCAAACAGAUCACCACCAUCCACGAGAAGCAAGGCAAGGAUCUGAAGGGAGGUCAGGCCAAACAGUCCAUGGAAGAAAGUAAGGCCAUCGCACAGGACAAGAAGAUCAAGAACAAGGCUGAGCGGGAGAGGAGGAUCCGUGAGCUGAACAGCAACAACAUGAAGAAAUUCCUAGAGGAGAGAAAGAGGCUUGCAAUGAAACAGGCCAGGGAGAAGGAGAACCUGGAGAAACAGCAAGGUGAACAGCUGGAGGAGCUGGAUAAAGAGAUGGACAAGUGGAGGGAAUCCCAGGAGAAGGAGAAAGUGGAAGACAAACUGGCACAGAAACCCACAGCUGCAGUCUGAUCUUCUGGAUACACCCAGCAUCCAUCAUAGUUUCUUGUACAGUCUGUCAACAAUGGGAGGCCAAGUUUCAACUGUUGAAGAUGAACAUAGAGUUUAGGGAACAGGAUACUGGAAAUGUGCUAAAUCGCAAUCCUGUUCUUCAUCUGAAUCUCACAUUUACAAACCAACUUCUGAGCCCACAUGUACUGUUGUACUUUAAGCAUAGAGUGAAAUGAAUGAAGAACAUGAGUACUAGUGACAUCAAAGGUUUUGUGGACCAGAAGAUAUUCCUACUUUUCCUUAUCUUUAUUUAAGUUAAACCAUUGUUGUCUUUUGUUUUAAUAGUUUGCAUACCUGUAUAAAUCUUUCUAAGUCAUAUUUUCUUAUGUGUGUCAUUUUAUUUAAUUUUGUUCUAGCCUUAUUUUAUUUCAGUGCCAACUUCUGUUACGUGCUAUUUCCUUUUUCACCUAGACAUUGUAGGCAUUAUUCUGUGAUGUUAAUUUUUUUUAUCUUUCAGUUUAAAUGGUUUGCUUUUCAAGCAAGAUUAGAAUUACCUGUUUUACAGUCUGUGAACUGCAAGGUUGUUACUUAUGAACACAAGGUUGUUGUGUGAGUGGGAUACCAGAAAUGCCUUUUGUCAGAAAAUGUGCAGAGGGUGUUAGUAUGAAUAUGCCUGAUGAUUGAAAGAAAAUAGCAUUGCUGGGGACUUUAUUGAAUGUCAUAAGUAAUUUUCAUUUAUUCACAGGUAUAGCUACAUAGUGCUUCAUUUUUUUGGGGAAAAAGCUUAAAGAUUGUAGCUUUUAGGUUUGACAUUGUGAUUUUCCAAUUCCCACCUUGUUCUGUGUCAGUUAACAUUCCUAUUCCCUACUAGAAUGCAGAGUUUUCUGAGGAACUUUGUAGAUGUCAGCCUGAUAGACAGAAUAUCUGCAGUAUGCAUGCAUGUGUGUUGAAGCUUAACACACUGCAGAUUUCUCCUCAGAAAUAAUGCAACACCCUGCCUCAGAGUCAGGAUUAUUACGAUACUUACAACAGUCAGAGAAUUGGUGUUUUAGAGAUUAUUACAAAUCAGGACAACAAAGUGCAAUUCCAUUGUAGCUGUGUGUAGGUUUUCCGUGUACGUGUGUAUGUGUGAGACUGUGUUAUCUUUUACCUUAAAACCUUUAUUACACAAUAUGAGGCUAGUCACUUACAGCUUGAUGACUGUGAUAAUUUAUUACUGUAGUGCUGUAGCUUAUCUAAUACCACCACUGCUAAAUGCUCUGUUUCUACUGUCCAUUCUGAAUAGUGCUUAUUGUCACUUCAGAAGUUUAGUAAUUGCAGAGAUUGCAGUACCAUUACUGGUUAGGGCAAAUGUGCUACCAGUAUCAUUACCAGUAGUUCCUGUGUGAUACAUCAAGUAGUAUGAAUAGUAUAACAUCGAUAACUAAUAGUUCUACUGACCAGUAUCUGCUGCUGUGUGUAGGUGCAAUAAUUAAACAGGACUUAUACCUCAAAUUCUGUAGUGGGCAGUUAAAAAUAAUCUGUAAUGGAGGGAGUGCAAAGCAUCUGAAUUCUGUCUCCAAUAAAGUUUGUGGAUGUCUAAAAGAAAAAUUCACACUAAAACGUGGAUUUGAAGACAGUUUUUUGUCUGGCCAUGGUUUCAAUGAAAGCCCCCAAACCCUUGCUUUGACAAUAGGUCGAAUGUUGUCGCACAGUAAGAAGCCAAUGUAAUAGCGUGCAAUAAUUCAUGGUCAGUAAGGAAUUAAAUGUUAGGAUUCUGUACUCAUUAGUUGUGUCAAGUGUCAUGUGGUAGUGAUCAGAAUGAGUCAGAAUUGCUUAAUAUAUGCUUCAUGGCCAAGAAUAGAAGUGUUUGUACUGUUUGUAUAGUAUUUGUACUAGUUUUGCAGACUUAUUUGUAUAUACUUGUACAUGAGACUUUGAACCACUUUUGUUAGAAGUAUGAUGUUUAGUAUCAUAAUUAUGAGACGUACAUGUACUGACCACAAAGCUAGGAAUCAUAUGUUUUUGUUUUUUACCACUUAUUCAAGAUGUAGACAAGUCUAUGUAAUUAGUGCAAAGAUGUGAAAAGCAAGCACAACUUACAGUAGUAUCAGUAGUACAUUGAUACAUUAUAUAUUAGUUCUACCCACUGUACGUUGUGUAUAUUAAUCUGCAGUGAAUGACUUACAUGUCGGUAAUUGAGAAAGAACUGCAGAGAUUAACAACUAAGAAUCCAGUGACACUGACCAAAGUCGAUGCUACCUAAAACACCUGAUCGUUUCCAAAAUCAUAUCCAGUUGCUUGAGCAACUGAUAUUUAGCGAAUCUUAUUACCUAGAAGUCUCAACUUCAUUGACAAACUUAGAAUCCAAACUUGUAGAAAACUAGACACAUUUGCUGAAGCACCAAGUAUGUUGUUGGCUGUGGGGUGCAUGCAAAUAGAAUAGCAUCAAUUUGUUACUUGCUUUCUCUUCAAGUAAGGCAGUAGCUAUCAUUCCCAUAUUUAUCCAUGCCUACCGGACCAAAACACACUUACUAUACGAGCGAUCGCGAUGAUGUCACGGUGACGUAGUGGUAGGCAAAAAGCAGGUGUUUGGCAAAAGAUUGAUGUACAUCUUAACCAGUAAUUUGAUCUGCUAAUUUAAAUAUCAAUUUUCAAUCCAAUCUGCUGACGUCCCGGUAGGCACCAAUCGUAUUACCCCGGAUAUAAACAACAACAGCGAUCCCUUGUAUGGCUACCACAGUUUGCUUUUUGUUGAUUUUAAUUCUCCUAAGCUUUUUGAUCAUACAAGGACCAAGGCAAUGCCGAGAUUCAUGUUUCCUGUAUUUUGAUCGGCAAAAGGGUUCGGUUCAAGAUUCAUAAAAUUUGUGGGCGGAAUAGAAGAAAUGGCAUGGCCUUCAGGGAACUGAGAAGAUGGGAAGGUACAUGUCUUAAUGUUCAAAAUGGUACUGCUGUUAUAAAGACAGGCAAACAGUUAGAGACCAAUGUGGUACUGUGGCAAUGAUGAAAUGUCUAAAAAUGAUUGCAAAAGUAAGGAAGUAAGGUCAGUCUUUUGUUUCGUCCCAGUGCAAGCAAGCAUUCAUAAAUCAGCCUAUAGUACCAGAGGCCUUUUGCAGUGGCUGGCACCAGCUUUAUAAAGGGCUAGCAUUGCUGCAGUUAAGAUUAUUCCUGUCAGUUGUGUCAGUACACAUAUCAUGUAAAUACAUCUAACGAGAGUAAUAAGUAAAGGUUUCGCCUUACUGUGGAAAACUUCUUGUAUGUUCCAACACAUUUCCAUGUGUUGCUGUACCAUCAUUACAAACUUUGCCAUAUCACAUUUCUCACGUGCAGUAAGAAAGCUAUGAAGGUUUGCCAAGUUUUAGUCCAAGAGAUUAUUACUGAGUGAACAUAGUGGUAUAUUACUGUCUAUGAAAACAACGAAUAGGACUUACAAUGUAAUACAUGAUGUUAUCACAUGCUUUAAAUAUAGCCAUAGCAGGUACCAGGUUAUCUUUGUGGAAGGAUGUGGAACAAAAGAGGAUAUGAACUUGCAGCAUUCCACUAUUUGCUCCUUGCAUAUGAAUUAAAGUAGUCAUGAUUACAUCAAACUUGA